AUGACCGUCCCAUUAUAUCUAUACGAUCAAUUCUGCUUUUCGCUCCAUAAUCUGCAGCAGCACACGCUCAAUGUCCCACCGGAACAGGCUCUACGUCGUCUCUCUCCGCUGCUAGAUAAUCUGCUUAGGCUCCCUACGCAGAUUGCGCGCGCAUACGCCACGCCAAAGCCGUGCCCUGAGCACCAGCCCCGUGGCGCGCGCCUCCGCGAUCCGCCCGUUAACGGCAUCAGCGCAAACAGCACGACCGGCGGCAAUGCAUCCGAUCGCGAUGUGCGUCACACGGUCGAGCGCGAGACACUCGAGGAGACGGGCCUUAUUGUGGACCGCAUUCCGGGGGAAUUUGACGAGCUGUAUUGGAAUUCCCCUCGCGGGCACAAGAACAUCCAACUCAACUACGUAGCAUCCGUCAAGCCCGAUAUGCGCAUCAAAUUGAAUCCAGAUGAAAAUUCCGACUGGCUAUGGGUGCCGGAGGAGCAGAUCGACACGCUCCUCAUGACCCCUGCAAUGAGGAAGGUUCUCAAAGACGCCUUUUUGUUUGCGAAGAAGUACAUCUCGCUGUGA